UCAACCCUGGACAACGCAGGGCAUGUCUAACCUCAGCAACAGCCACUACUGGGCAUGGACCAAGAACUGCACCGUCGCCAGCGACCUUAACCUCCCGCUGGUGCCCUACAUGAACUGCCAGACCAACCGCAAGUACAUCGCCAGCAUCAUCCCGCCACUCUUCUACAUCCUCACCUUCGUGGGCACCAUCGGCAACCUGGGCAGCGUGUGGGUGUGCCUGCGCCACAGCCAGCCCUGGAGCAUCGGCUCCAUCGGCGUGCUCAACCUGGCGCUGUGCGACCUGGCCUACCUGGCCUCCAUCGUGCCCUGGGUCAUCUACAUGACGGCCGACUACCACUGGACCAUGGGCGAGACCUGCUGCAAGCUGGUGCAGAUCAUGUACUUCGUGGGCCUGACCUCCAGCACCAUGUUCAUCUGCGCCAUCAGCAUCGAUCGCUUCCUGGCCAUCCUCUUCCCGCUGGAGUCGCGCAUGCUCCGCACGACGCGCAAUGCCACGCUGGUCUCUCUGCUGCUGUGGGGCAUCACCACGCUGCUCAUCUACCUCAGUUACCCCAACGUCCUGUAUUGGGUGCGGCGCAGAGACAGCCUGCGCUUCUGCGGAUCCGUGGUGAUCUCCAGGUACCGCUCCACGGGGGCCACCUACAACCUGCUCUCCUACUACUCCAUCCAGGUGUCGGUGCCGCUGCUGCUGGUCAUCCCGUGCUACGUGAAGAUCCUGGCCCGCGUCAAGCAGCUGCGGCAGCAGUGGAGCCAGAACAGCGGCAUCAUGCCGGGCCACGACAAGACCGUCUGGCUCAUCUCCGUCUUCAUCGCCAACUUCCUGGUGUGCUGGGUGCCGGGCCAGCUCCUGCACAUCAUCGCCUGCAUCCUCUUCUUCACCCUCAACGACUGCCGCAACACCUGCUGGCUGGCGCACUGGGUCAACCUGCUGACGGAGACCUCGCAGCUGCUCUACGCCCUCAACGCCUGCCUGGACCCCCUCAUCUACCACACACAGCAGGGCUUCGGGGUGGUGGUGCGCAAGGCGGCCCACAGGCUGGCCCACACGGGCCGCAGGCUCUGGCAGAUGACCAAGAGGGGGGAGAACUUUGGAGGGACCACCUCCACCACCACCGUGGAGCCCAUCAGUGUCAUCAAGAUCAACCCCAGCAGCCCCAAGAAGACCAAUAAGCUCGUUCAGUGA